AUGUUUUUCUCCAAUAUUUUCGGACUGACGAACUUCGCUAACAGCGUGUGUCAGGCAGAUAACCUACGAGUCGGGACCUGUUACACUGAAAACGAAUGUAGAAGGUUAGGAGGAGAACCUAGCGGUGUCUGUGCUUCUAGAUAUGGCGUUUGUUGUGUCUUUGAGGUAACUUGUAGUGGAGUGGUCCAGCAGAACAACUCAAUCAUCGUAAGUCCUAACUACCCUUCUAAAUUUACUGACAGUCGAAGCUGUGAUAUUACUAUUAACAGAAGGCCUAACGCCUGUCAAGUUCGAUUGGAUUUCACCGAGAUGACCCUCGCCCAGCCUGAUAACACUGUCUGUGUAAAUGACAGGUUUUCUGUUUCUAGAUUUCCCAACGUCCCCGUUAUCUGCGGUGAAAACAGGAAUCAACACAGUAAGUACCUUGCCCUG